AUGUCAUUUAUUGGAAGUGCAAGUGUAGAGGGGGCUCAAAAAAUGUUUUCUGAUUUUCUUUCAGAUGAUGUGACUCCAGAAACAUUCACAGAAGAUCCCAAUCUGGUGAAUGAACCUUCAACAGAUGAAACUGUUCUGGCUGAUAUGGAGCCUUCCACAGAUGAACUGGCCUCGCCCAGUGAUAAAAAUACCACCACAGAGUGCCGGGAUGAGAAAUUUGCUUGUACAAGACUCUACUCUGUCCAUCGACCAGUCAAGCAAUGCGUUCAUCAGGUCUGCUUCACCAGUUUACGACGUAUGUACAUCAUCAACAAUGAGAUCUGCUCCCGUCUUGUUUGUAAGGAACAUGAAGUUAUGAAAGGUAAGUUGACAUCUGGAUGUUUAAUGGGGACGAAUGAUUAUGAGAGAGGUAAGUAGGAUCCUGAUCCAAGAUCCAAGGAUUGGUUUGGAGGAGGACUCUGGCCCUAGGCUUUAGCUUUUAUCAGCCCCUAAUAGACGUUUCCCCAAAUAAACAAUCUAAGUAAAGCAGUGUGCUUAAUACAAAUACAGACCUACAAAAGUGCCCCUAGAUCCUUUCCCAUCUAAAUGGCAGUCCCCCUAGUUUCUCUUAUAUAGACAGUUUUUUAAAGCUCUGUUUUAAAGGUCAACCGCUGGGGUUCUAGCGAGAGGGCCAAUUCGGCAAUCACAGAUAAUAUGCUCAUCUAGUCAAUGGUCAAGUUCAUAGCUCUUUAAGGAAAACACACAUACACACAUACACACACACUAAUGUGGAGACAGUAAGGUUUGGAUAGGGUAUAUAAAACAGAUAGCAUGAUGGUGCACAUCUGUGAUUCCAGCAGCUGGGGAGGCUGAGGCAGGAGGAUCGAAAGUUCAA